AUGCCUGCAGUCCCGGAAACAUCUGUAUCGGAUCCGCCGCCCACAUCCAUCUCUACAUCUGCGACGGCUGCCAUCCCCAACGCACCUGCACCCUCGGCCACAGCCAGUGUCAUCUCAACUGCUGCUGUCGCCGCUACAACACCCGCAGAUCUGCUCAAAGAACAGAUCAAGUACAUUGCGCAUGUCCUCAAAAUCUCGAAGCGUGUGAAGGAUGCGGGCCCGUUCCUUCAGCCUGUCGAUCCCAUCGCCCUCGGCAUUCCGCACUAUCCCACCAUCAUCCCCAACCCCAUGGACAUCUCCACCAUUCUGCGAAACAUCGACGCUAACGGCUACACGAACACAUCCCAGAUCAUUGCUGAUUUCAACCUGAUCAUCGAUAACUGCGUCACCUUCAACGGCGAGGACUCUGCAAUCUCACAGAUGGCCAGAUCGCUGCUCAUCUGGUUCAACAAGCAGAUUGAAAAACUGCCUCAAGAUGUAACGUAUCUCGGUCGUACCGCCAGACAGCAGUGUCUUUGCAUGGCAUCUGGUCAAAGAGAAGAAAAUCAAGAUCGAAGUGCCCCACUCGGUAAGCAGUGGCUUGCCCAGCCCGGCAUCCUGUCUUGCUGCGGUUCAUCCGCAGCAUCGAAACCGCGCCCACGGCGUGAAGUCCCCACGCCGGUGAAGGAGACUCCCAUGUCUCCAAAAAAGACUGCUUCGAAAAAGUCACUGACUGCCGAGCUCAAGUGGUGCACGCACCUUCACAAAGAACUCUCUGGCAAGCGCUACAGCGAGUUCAACUGGCCCUUUCUCGAGCCUGUCGACCCCAUCAAGCUGAACGUGCCGACUUACUUCAGCGUCAUCAAGUACCCCAUGGAUCUCUCGACUGUCAGGCAAAAGCUAGAGUCAGGAAGUUACGAUGGAUACGAUGACUUUUAUUUUGACAUCCACAAGAUUUUCGAAAACUGCUACGUGUUCAACUUGCCCGACACGGAAGUCUAUCGGUGUGCACAGAAACUGGAGACCGCAUUUGAGGAGAAGUGGAUUGACCGUCCGCCUGCAGAGGAUGAAGAGGAAGACGAGGACGGUACGUGGAGUAAUCGAAACCUGGCCGUCCAAAUCAAAAAUAUCGAGGCGACACUGGCAGGCCUGAACGCGCAAUUAGAUACCCUUCGCGAUAUGCAGAGACGGCGACGGGAAAAGAAGCGGGAGCGGCCUCAGAGCUCCAAGAAACGCAAGAUCGACUCGGACGGCGUGCCAGAAGUUAGCUACGAACAAAAGCACGAGCUCAGCAUCCUCAUCAACCAGCUUCCCCCCGAGAAGGUCCCGCAGGUCUUUGAAAUCAUCACAGCGGGCAUGCCGCAGUUCAGCGAGCCUGGACAAGAGGAAAUCGAGCUAGAAAUCGACGCGCUCGACAGAGUGACACUGCACGAGCUCUACAAGUUCGUCAAAGCCAACACUGUCGGUGCUGCUGAUGUUGCUCCUGUUCGCACCCCCAAGAAGGCAAAGAACGGGAAAAAGUCAUCCGACAAGAAGAAAAAGCAAGGUAGGAGCCCAGGCGGAGCUUGCUACGCAUCCUAA